CGAUAACAAUGAAGGUCUGUGAACCGAUGAUUCACCACAACAACAACAACAACAAUAACAACUUAUACAACACAAAGUCUGUACUCGAAUACAACUCUGAGAAAUUAAAGUCAUUACUCACUGGUUACUCUCAGUCCUCGUUCAGCAGCGUUUACGAAACCAGCGAUUAGACUAUACAAAUUUCGAUCGUUCUCUCUUUUCGCAUCGAAUUUUGACGUCAUUUACCGGAUCGCUGCCUCGGCGAAUUAAAUUUUGACAAAUUCUAACCUAACGAUAUACAUACCUUUAGGGUCUUGUCCACAUUGUUGUGUAUCAUCUACUUAUUAGCUUUUGAUAUCGUUAUGGAGAAAAACGGAAAUACUGAACAACUGCAAUACGAAAAUGGCAACUCCGUGACGACAAACUGCAGCACACAAACAACACAAUUUGAUGGGUUCACCGGGUCGCAUCAGCCUAGUCAUGACACUGCCGACGCUUUUGGUUCAUUAUUUAAAAGCGCACCUCGUCCAGGUUUUGGUAUUAGUUCAACAGAGAAGGAUGCAUGGUAUUACAAUAUGCAUCAUAAGUAUCGUGGAAAGGCCAUAAUCUUCAAUCAUGAAAACUUUCAAGUUAGAGAUCUUAAAUCUAGAGCUGGAACUGGAUUAGAUUGUAUCAAUUUAGAGGUAUCCUUAAAAAACCUUGGAUUCGAUGUUACACCUUAUGUUGAUUUAACAUUAGAUGAACUGGAUAAAAAACUUGACUAUUGGGCUAAAGAAGACUAUACAAAUUAUGAUUGUUUAUUAAUGGCAGUAUUAUCUCACGGUGAACAAGGUAUUAUUUAUGCUAAAGAUGGAGCUUAUAAACCAGAAGAUAAUCUUUGGGGACGAUUUACUGGUGACAAAUGUGUCACAUUAGCUGGAAAACCAAAGCUAUUCUUUAUUCAAGCUUGUCAAGGAGACCGAUUGGAUGGUGGAAUUCAGUUAAGAACACAAGUCGAUGGAUCUUCUUCAUUCAAAAUACCCGUUUAUGCCGAUUUUCUUAUAGCUUACUCUACGAUUCCUGGUUUCUAUUCAUGGCGCAAUACUCAAAAAGGUUCUUGGUUUAUGCAAGCUCUUUGUGAUGCCUUCAAUAAAUAUGGUUAUCAACUAGACCUUUUAACUAUACUGACAUUUGUGAAUCGUCAAGUGGCCACUGACUAUGAAUCUAAUGUUCCUGGUGCUGUUCAAAUGCAUCAGCAGAAACAAAUUCCAUGCAUUACAUCGAUGCUAACAAGAUUAGUAAAAUUUGAAAAGAAAAAUUAAAAAUGUCAUUCAUUACAAACAUUCAUAAAGAACAUUCCUGUUUAAACCAUAAAUAUGUUUGUUGUACAUGGGUAUAACACUAAUUAAAGCAUUAGUCUAAGGUUACAAAUUUUAAUUUCUUUAAUAAGAAUUUUGUCGUAUACCGAUACAGAACAUUUGUGUAGUUAGAAUCUCAAUUAGUUUUAACUAAUAUCUGAUAUAAGUUUUAAAUUACAGUUUUAGAUAAACAAAAUCUAUGAUAAUUGUUUGGCAGUACCAUUUUCAAUUAAGUAUUAUUUAAAAAAGUGUUCAACAUUUUAAAAGAUUUAAACUUUGGUCUUAGAUAUAAUAUAAAAGAUACUGUGAUUUAAACUAUCACUAAUUUACUUUUUAUAUCAUAGAUUACUAAAAUAAUUUUUGAUAGUACUGAUUUUUUUUUUUUUUUAAUAGAUAUUAUACUAUCAUAGAACAAACAAAAUGAACUAGUGAUAUGCUUUUUUUUUUAUUUGAGUUAAUCUAUUGUUUAAGAAGUUUACCAAAACCAAUUUCCUGACAAAUAAAUUUUAUUAUUUUAACAUUGAAUAAUUAUAAUGAUAUAUAUUUUAUUCUCUUAUAAUUUAUAUUAAUCUACCUCUUUACUAUUAUUUGUAACAUUUUAUGAUAAAAUUAUGAAUAUUGAUAAGUUUUAUCCUGAAUACACUAAGUAUCUCUAAUCGCAUUAGUGAUGUGUACUUAAAUACUUAAUCUUAGUUAUUAGUUUAAAUUUUACUAAAAUUAAUAAUUUUAAUAUAAAAUACAAAAAUACAUUCACAAUGUUUUUGUUUGAUAAAUCAUUUAAUUAUUUCUUCCAUACAUUAAAUUUAACCCUGUUGUCAUUCAGUCAUAUAGAAAUCAUUUCAUAUUAUAUUGUAAACUUAUAUAGUGAUGAACAAUUUGCUCAUACCAAUCUUUU